AUGGAGGGUGCAACGCUUUGCAUGUCCAAAUCCGAGGAGGUGUUUGUCUCCGGUGCUUUUUCUUGCAGUACUGAGAAAUGCAACUGCCACCACGGCAGCCAUGCCGCCAUUAAUGGCGUCGUCGUCGACAUGCCAAGAACGCCCGUGUCCAAGGAAAGAGUGGUGGUGGUCAUGGGCGCCACUGGAACAGGCAAAACCAAGCUCGCCAUUGAGUUGUCGCUCAGGUUCUUAGGCGAAGUCAUCAACUCUGAUAAGAUCCAAGUGUACCCCGGGCUCGACAUCGCCUCCAAUAAGAUUGCACCGGCGAAGCAGCGUGGGGUUCCGCACCAUCUGUUAGAUUUUUAUGAUUCGGCAUCCGGGGAGUUACCGGCCGCUGAGUACCGUGCCGUGGCUGGCUACAAGAUUCAAGAGGUCUCGGCCCGCGGCCGAGUGCCGUUCCUCACUGGAGGGUCGAACUCGUUCAUCUACGCGCUGCUCGCGGACCAGUUCGACCCCAACUACGACCCGUUCGUCAGUGAGGAAAUGAGAGAGGAAGGGGCCCCGCAAUACGACUGCUUGUUCAUCUGGGUGCACGUGGACGCCAAAGUGCUGGCCGAGCACCUCGCACGCCGAGUGGACGAGAUGGUGCAGGAGGGCUUGAUGGACGAGUUGGGCGACUUCUUCAUGAAGGAAGGGGCGAAGGAGAAGUAUGUCGGGAUCGGGAAGACCAUCGGGGUGUCUGAAUUCCGAGCUUACUUCACUGAAAAAGGCAUGCGGACUCGACCAGUCUACGAGGCGGCGCUCGCUGCCAUGAAGGAGAACACGCGCUUAUUGUCGGAGAUACAAAUACAGAAGAUCAAGCGACUGCAGUCGAUGGGCUGGCCGCUGCUUCGAGUGGACGCCACGGCUGCUGUGACGGCGUAUCUCUCCGGGCAGGAGGGUGCCAUGGCGGUGCCUUGGCAAAGGGAUGUGAUUGAGCCGAGCACGACUGCUGUGGCACAGUUUUUAGAGAAGAGAUCAAACUAA